UGUAUCAUUUAAUAUUCGGGUGGUGCGUUAAGAUUUCUGUACAUCUAGUUGUGCACGUAUAUAUAGACCACACGGGUAGAUUGGAUCAUUAUCGUUCCUAUCGUACAAUCCGGUACAUCGAACUAAAAUGGCAUUCAAGUUCAUCGUUUUCGCCACCGUCCUGGCCUACGCCCAUGCUGGCAACCUCAUCGGUGCCCCACUAGCCGCCCCCUUGGCUUACGCCACCCCCGCUAUUGCUAAAGUUGCCGCACCAAUCGCUGUGGCAAGAGCUGAACCAUACGACCCCAACCCCCAGUACCAAUUCGGCUACAACGUCCAGGACUCUCUGACCGGCGACUCCAAGAGUCAAGUAGAAUCCAGAAGCGGCGAUGUUGUCCAGGGUCAAUACUCCUUGGUCGAACCUGAUGGUUCAAGACGUAUCGUGGACUACACUGCCGAUCCAGUCAACGGUUUCAACGCUGUCGUCCGUAAAGAACCCUUGGUAGCAAAGGCUGUGGUUGCCGCCCCAGCUGUUGCAGCUGUACGCGCUGCUCCAGUUAUAGCCCAACCUGCCUUGAUCCGCUCUGCACCUCUUCUGGCUCAACCAGCUUAUGCAACAUCCUUGGUUAGAUCAUCACCCCUUCUGGCACAACCAGCUUACGCAUCACCUUUGAUCCGAUCUGCUCCCCUUUUGGCCAGGACCGCAUACGCCGCCCCAGCUCUGAGCUACACUACCUCUCUCAUCCACUGAAUGAAAACGAUGUAUAUAUGACUGUUUUGUUUAUAAGACUAUUGUUAGAAUAUUUAUUUCAUGAUUAAAUUU